ACCACUGAUUUUCAUUCAUUAAGGGAUUGUUAUGUUCACGGUACUUAAGAGGAAAGUAUUAUUCGACAAAUUGCAGAAAAUAUUCGUUGACAAAGUAAUUGCUUUAGCAAUUUUAUUAUUAAUUUAAAAGUAAUGGAAUUAUAUCUAAAUGAAUAAUUCAUUAUUAUUUGUGAUUCAUUAUCUGAUCAUAAGUCCCAACUGAGCCCAAAUAAUUUUGCAAGUGAAUGUGCAUAUUAUGGAAAAAGAAGGUACCAGUAGUAAAUGUGGAGCUACUGAUUUAAAUAAAUUCAAAAAUGUAAUCAAACCUAAAUUAUCAUCACAAAAAAGAUUAAAAAGAGAGCAUGUAAAUAUUGAAUGUGAUGAAAAAUCACCUUCAAAUGAAAAUAAUUUAAGUGAAGAAAAACAGACAAUAAAGCAGAAUUAUAAAGUUCCUGAUAAUUGGGAGGAAGUUUUGAAAAAUUUGCAAGAAAUGCGUAAAAAUCAUGAUGCACCUGUAGAUUCAAUGGGAUGUCAAAAGUGUAUGGAUGGAAAUGGUACCCCUAAGGAAAAGCGCUAUCAAUCCUUAUUAUCCCUCAUGUUGAGCAGUCAAACCAAAGAUCAAGUUACACAUGCAGCUAUGAUGCGUCUGAUAUCUCAUGGAUGUACUGUGGAUAAUAUAUUAAAUACACCUGAUGAGAAACUUGGUGAACUUAUUUAUCCUGUUGGAUUUUGGAAAAGCAAAGUGAAGUACAUAAAAAAGACCUCUGAAGUAUUAAAAAACAAAUUUAAUGGUGACAUUCCAAAAACACUAGAAGAUCUUUGUUCUUUACCAGGGGUUGGACCUAAAAUGGCCCAUCUUUGUAUGCAAAUUGCAUGGGGAACUGUAACAGGAAUAGGUGUAGACACCCAUGUUCAUCGAAUUACUAAUAGACUUAAAUGGGUUAACACAAAAACUCCAGAAGAAACCAGAAAAGCAUUAGAAAAAUGGCUUCCUUUUGAUCUUUGGAGUGAAGUGAAUCAUCUCCUUGUAGGCUUUGGUCAGCAAAUUUGUUUGCCUGUUAGGCCUCAGUGUGAGACUUGUUUAAAUAAAAGCCUGUGCCCAUUUGGUAAGAAUAAUAAUAAUAAUAAGAAAAAAUAAUACCUUUUUUGAUUGUUACUCAAAUACAUAUAAAUACUUGGCUGUAGCUACGUUAAUGGAUAAGUAAACAUGUACACAUCUAUUUCUCAAUAAACUAUUUAAAUUA